UACCUAAGAAUAUUCUCACAAGUCUCCUCUUUUUGUGAAUUUCUACUCAGAAUAGUCACUGAUAAAGCUUCUUUUAUAGUGAAAUCCUUCCGUUUUAUAAUAAUUCUCAGAUCUGAUAUUUGCUAGGCGAACGUUUUUCUGAUUAGCUAUGGCCUUGGUCUUGCACUCCAAUGUAAACAAAAAUGUCAGAAAGACACUUAUUGUUGCAGAGUACAGUGGGAUCCAGGUAGAAAUUGCUCCAAAUUUUCAGAUGGGUGUAUCUAACAAAACACCUGAAUUUCUAAAGAUGAACCCUAUUGGAAAGAUUCCUGUGCUUGAAACCCCUGAUGGUUCAGUUUUUGAGAGUAACGCUAUUGCUCGUUAUGUUACUCGUCUGAAGGCUGACAACCCUCUUUAUGGUUCUUCAUCCAUUGAAUAUGGUCAGAUUGAACAGUGGAUUGAAUUUGCAACACUUGAAAUUGAUGCUAAUAUUUUAGCCUGGUUGAGACCAAGAAUGGGAUUUGCUCUUUACCUUCCUCCUGCUGAGGAAGCUGCUAUUGCUAACUUGAAGAGGGCACUGGGUGCUUUGAGUACACAUUUGGCUUCAAACACUUUCUUGGUUGGUCAUGCUGUGACACUUGCUGAUAUCAUAUUAACAUGUAAUUUAUACUUGGGAUUCUCCCAUGUCAUGACCAAGAGCUUCACCUCUGAGUUUCCUCAUGUGGAGAGAUACUUUUGGACCAUGGUUAAUCAACCUAACUUCAGCAAAAUAUUGGGUGAGGUAAAGCAAGCAGAUUCAGUUGUUCCUAUUCAAUCUAUAAAGAAGACUCCACAACCAAAAGAAGCUAAAUUAUCAAAGCCCAAGGACGAGCCUAAGAAGGAAGCACCUAAAGUGCAACCAAAGGCAAAAGAAGAGGCUGUCGAGGAAGAAGAGGCUCCAAAGCCCAAAGCAAAGAAUCCUCUUGAUCUGCUUCCUCCAAGCCCGAUGGUAUUGGAUGAUUGGAAGAGACUGUAUUCCAACACCAAGUCCAACUUCCGUGAAGUUGCUAUUAAGGGUUUCUGGGAUAUGUAUGAUCCAGAGGGAUACUCUCUUUGGUUCUGUGAUUACAAGUACAAUGAUGAGAACAUGGUCUCAUUUGUGACCAUGAAUAAGGUCGGUGGGUUUCUUCAGCGUAUGGACCUGACUCGCAAAUAUGCUUUCGGAAAGAUGUUAGUGAUCGGUGCAGAGCCUCCAUUCAAGGUGAAGGGGCUUUGGCUCUUCCGUGGACCUGAAAUCCCAAAGUUUGUUCUUGAGGAGUGCUAUGACAUGGAACUUUACGAGUGGACAAAGGUUGACAUUUCCGAUCCAGCCCAGAAGGAGAGGGUUAGCCAGAUGAUUGAGGAUCAAGAGCCAUUUGAAGGAGAGCCUCUUUUGGAUGCUAAAUGUUUCAAGUGAGGAAUCCUCAAAAAAGGAAAAAGACUAAGAAACAAAGAUCACUAGUACUUCCAUUUUGCAGGUUUUAGAAUUUAGAAACAUCUGUUUGAAUUUCUUAUUAUUUUCAGAUGUUGAUUGUGUGUGUCUUCUGUAUGAUUGUUGUUAACUAAUAAUGGUCUCUGUAUUUAUCCAGGAUUCUCAGUUCAUGUGAGUGGACUAACUUAUUUAGUUAUUUUUUAGAUCUAAAAUGACUCAAAUAAAUAUAAUAGUUAAAUCUCUAUCUUCUUCUAUUGUGUUUAGAAAGUAUAAA